AACUUCAAAUAUAUUACAAAUUAACCCCUUUACUUCUGUUUGUGAUUAACAAGCCCAAAUUUUGUUUCCUUCCUCGGAAUCUGCAGAUGCAGAAUUGAGAAUUGUAUUAGGUCUCUCUCUCUUUCUCUCUCAACGCUGCUCUCGAGAAAACCCAGCUGUCACUGGAUCCCAAAGGACGAACCUUGUUGCAUAAUACAUCUAGAGAUUGCUGGGCUUAUUGUUCUGAGAUCUGAUGCUCUCUACUCGUUCGUUGUUUCACCGAUGAUCUUCCUGAGGAUCUCUAAGUCAUCUAUCUAAAACCGUGUUAAAAAAGCUCAUGUUUUUAGGGUUUGAGAUUUGAAUGGAACGUCUCGGGUUUUGGGGAUUGCUGAUGGGUAGUGUGGAAAAGUCAUCGGAUUCUCGAAAGUUAGUUACUUGCUCGAAGAAUCGAGACGAAGAGAGUAGUAGUAGUAGUUCAGCUUCACCGUUGAAGCGUUCUUUGUCGAGGAACACGAGCCCCUCUAGGCAGAUAGUUGUCAAGACGAAGCCUCGCGGUCUAGAGGAAGAAACAGUAGCUUCGUUUGGUAAACAAGUCGUUGCUGCUGAUGUGCCUAUGGAGGAGAGCAUAUGGGCCAUGCUUCCUGAGGAUCUGCUGAACGAGAUCUUAGCUAGGCUGCCUCCGUUUAUGAUAUUCCGAAUCCGUUCCGUUUGUAAAAAAUGGAACUUGAUUCUUCAGGACAACAGUUUCCUCAAGUUUCACUCGAACGUCUCCUCUCACGGGCCUUGUCUUCUCACGUUUUGGAAGAACUCGCCUCAGGUUCCGCAGUGCUCGGUGUUUAGCUUGCCGCUGAAGACGUGGUACAAAGUUCCCUUCACGUUUUUGCCCUCGUGGGCGUUUUGGUUGGUUGGAUCUUCGGGUGGACUCGUCUGCUUUUCGGGGCUCGAUGGUCUGACUUUCAGGACUUUGGUGUGUAAUCCUCUGAUGCAGAGUUGGAGGGUUCUGCCGAAUAUGCAUUAUAACCAGCAGAGGCAGCUGAUUAUGGUUGUGGACCGUUCUGAAAAAUCGUUUAAAGUCAUAGCCACGAGUGAUAUCUAUGGGGAUAAGUCGCUUCCUACCGAAGUUUAUGAUUCCAAAACUGAUAAAUGGUCUUUGCAUCAGAUAAUGCCUGCGGUGAACUUAUGCUCUUCGAAGAUGGCGUAUUGUGAUUCACGUUUAUAUCUAGAAACUCUUUCCCCUCUUGGUUUGAUGAUGUAUAGGCUUGAUACAGGGCAAUGGGAACACAUUCCAGCUAAGUUCCCGAGAUCUUUGUUGGAUGGUUACUUAGUUGCUGGAACUCAGAAGAGACUGUUUCUUGUGGGAAGGAUUGGUCUCUACAGUACCUUACAAAGCAUGAGGAUAUGGGAGCUUGAUCACACGAAGGUUUCUUGGAUGGAGAUAAGUAGGAUGCCACCAAAGUACUUCCGAGCGCUUUUGAGACUUUCGGCUGAGAGGUUCGAGUGUUUUGGGCAAGAUAAUUUGAUCUGCUUUACGUCGUGGAAUCAAGGGAAAGGUCUUCUGUACAAUGUGGAUAAGAAGAUUUGGUCUUGGAUCUCCGGGUGUGCGCUUCAGUCGUGCAACAGCCAAGUGUGUUUUUAUGAGCCAAGAUUUGAUGCAUCUGUCCAUUGAAUUAUAAUAAUCAUCUGGUUCAACAUCAGUCCUGAGAAUAAUAUAUCAACUUGGCUGCUUAACAAAAGAAGGUUAGAGAUUUUAAGUUGAAAAGCAUUUUGUGUACCUACCUCCAAUGUUGAGAAGACUUUGUCAGCGAUGGUAUGCUACACCACCAAUGAUUAACCACUUCGAGGAGAAAAACUGUAAGCUAAACUUGUUUCCAGCUUUAUGUAUAUUAGCAGUUACUGGAUAUGAAUACUUUCUAUAUAUAUAUCAUUGUCUCAUCCAUAUGGAUUUUCCUUUUCUGCAUCUUGAAUGUAAGUUUCACCUUGCAAAUAAUGAAUGUUCAAGAAUAA